AUGGUACAGAGAGCCAGAAUCCAGAAAAUGUAGACAACGUUGGAGAGUGGUUGGGAAUGGGCGAGUCGUGUUGGGGUCACUGUGGGCCAGUGCGGGCCUAACUCGUCUAACUCGUCUUACUCGCCUCCCUGGGCGCUAGUCGUAUCUGGCGGGCUCCGUAGCACCAUCCAUACCUAUAUAUGGCUUAUCAAUCACCCAAAAAAUAUAGAGGACAUUUCUCAAACACCGGUUUUCUUUUCCCCGCGAUUAUGGCGUUUUUAAGUUGGUCGUACGUUGAAGGUGUAUCAGCAUGGGGGGAAAUGACUUCGGCAACCAGGUUUUGUGAAAUAAAUAAUUAUUUCACAACCUAUAUCGCAGGUUUCGUGAACACGCUUACCAAUCUCGCAUACGUGUAUCUUGGAGUUUGUGGAAUGAGCAACAGCAAACAGCACCCCAUAACCAAUAGCACCAGCAUCCGCCUUUGCUACAUGUCAUUACUCGUCGUUGGAGCAUGUUCAACUAUAUUUCACUCCAACGUCAAGUAUUUCGCUCAGAUACUAGAUCAAGGAUCAAUCCUACUCCCUACAUCCACUAUCCUCUAUGCAUCAUUUAGCUUCACACUCGCUCCCCUCCCGCGUCUCCUUCUCGCUUCCGGUCUUUCGCUCGGUUCCGCGAUCUUGGUCUCCUAUCACGCUAUCUACCAUUCCCAAAAGAUCUUUGGAAACGUAUUCCUUGCUUUGGUUUUCAUCAUUGUUGCACGAUGCAUGGUUUUGCUUUCUAGAGUUACGGAUGACAAGGUGAAGAGAGAGAUGAGAAGUCUGGUCUUGUUUGGAGGUGUACUAUUCGUGGUGGGCAGUGUUGCCUUUAAUGUCGACCGGAACUAUUGCGCUCAGUUGAGAGCAAUGCGGGAGGUUGUAGGUAUCCCAUUAGGAUUUAUGUUGGAGAUGCAUGGCUGGUGGCACAUUGGUAGCGGACUCGGGGUAUAUUACUUCAUCGUAUUGAUCGAGUAUUUACGUAUCUACAUCGGUACUAGCGGCGCAGAAAUCACAUUGAAAUGGAAAAGCGCACUACUUCUUCCCAGAUUGGAAGUACAGGAUACGAAGACUAAAUAGUUUGAGAGAGUAACGUCUCGUGCGGUUGUAUGAUAGCGCUGCU